GUCAGUGCGGUGAAUCGCUCCCAGAAGCGGCUGACGGAUGAAUCCCAGGCCUGGCAGUCGAUGUCAGAUGCGCGCGGCGGUGAGAUGGAACAUGGCUCUGUCCAGAGGUCUGAGAUGCUGUCAGAGGGUUUUCUCCUGGAUUCCUGUGCUUAUCAUCGCCUCCGUGGUGCUGUGGUCUUACUACGCCUACGUCUUUGAGCUUUGUCUGUUUACAUUAACCAACACAGUGGAAAAAGUGGUCUAUCUACUGGUAUUUCAUGUUUGCUUCGUGAUGUUCUCCUGGACCUACUGGAAGUCCAUCUUUACCCCUCCUGCUUCACCAUGCAAAAAGUUCCAGCUCUCGUACUCGGACAAGCAACGAUACGAGAUGGAGGAGAGGCCGGACGCUCAGAAGCAAAUCCUGGUUGAAAUUGCUAAGAAACUGCCCAUCUUCACCCGAGCGCAAUCCGGAGCUAUCAGGUUCUGCGACCGCUGCCAGGUACUGAAGCCUGACCGCUGUCACCACUGCUCGGUUUGUGAAACAUGCGUUCUGAAGAUGGACCACCACUGUCCCUGGGUUAACAACUGUGUGGGCUUUUCCAACUACAAGUUUUUCCUGCUCUUCCUCUCCUACUCCAUGGUGUACUGUGUAUUCAUUGCAGCGACAGUCUUUCAGUAUUUCCUCAAAUUCUGGGGGGGGGACUUGCCAAACAGGCCCGCAAAGUUCCAUGUCCUCUUCCUAAUGUUUGUGGCGCUCAUGUUUUUCGUCAGUCUCAUGUUUCUCUUUGGCUACCACUGUUGGUUGGUGGCCAAGAACAGAUCAACUCUAGAGGCCUUCUCAGCUCCAGUUUUUGUCAAUGGACCAGACAGAAAUGGUUUUAAUGUCAGCAUACGCAAAAACCUGCUGCAGGUAUUUGGAGAGGAUCGGAGACUGUGGUUCAUCCCUGUCUUCACAAGCCAAGGGAACGGCCACUACUUCCCCUUGAAGAAUCGGAGUUCUGAAUCCCAGAAUCCCCUAUUAGCUAGUGAGGACAUGUGGGAGGAGUCAGAUGAUGGCUCUGAGGAAGUAAGCUUGGUUGAUGACCAAGACCCCUCUGUUACCAUAGAGAUGGAGGAAUAGUUAUUCAACAAAAGGACGAUUUACACUGGUACGGAGCAUGUAGAUAUACAGUAUAUUGUGCACUGUACCACAUGGUAAAUGCAUUCCAAAUGAUAUGGAUGCACAACACUGGAAAAAACAAAAAUCUGACGAGGUCUAAAUGAGUGGAUAAAACUGUCCGUGGCCACUCGUACCUUGGUUAUUUUGCAAAAUGAAGAACAGAGGAACUCACUGGAUGAAUGGAUCACCUCUGCUCUCCUGUCUGGAAACACAUCAGUUUGAUUCAGAGAAAAAAAAACAUCUCGUCAAAUAUUACCUCGCAUACAAGAAGGCAUCUGUUGAUCAUCAUAGGUUGUAUAUUUGCCUUUGUUCAUCUCAAGGCUCCGGCCUCUGUUAAUUAGGAAGCUUCUGUCCGACACUGUGAUGUUUUAUAUGCCCCUGUUUCAGUGUUGAGCUGAGUUUACAGUGUUGUACCUUAGAGUUUGAUCUGUGCAGGGACCUCACACCCUUGAUGCUCCAGAGGUCUCUUGUUGUGACUUAGUUAUCAUAUCUAUACCAGUUUGGGUCUUGCGGAAUAAAAUGUUAAUUGAUUAUCUUUUCAAUGAACAUAAACAUAUUAGAAUACCUGACCUAACCUGCGCCUUAUAACUAUUUUUAUUCCUGUGUUUUGGGAGUUUCUCUUCUCCUAAGAAUGUAUCCAGCUUCCUGCUCGUUAGUACAUUGUGCCAUUUUAGGCACCUAUUUUCAGAAUACAUGUUUUUCAUCAUUAAUAAUUGAGUUGUGAUCCCAUUAUCAAUGUCUGAUCACACCAGUGAUGGUAAUUAAAACACAACAAUCUUAUAUCUGUUGCUUUAUACAUGAGUGUUGUUAAAAACAUGAUAUUCACCACUAAAUGCUAACUAAAAAAAA